CACUGUCUGGAAGGAAGAUGGCGUCGAGCGGCGGCUGCUCGGGCCCCGGCUGGGAAGUGGCGGUACGCCCGCUCCUCUCAGCCUCCUACUCGGCCUUUGACAUGAAGGAGCUUCCGCAAUUGCUGGCAUCGGUGAUAGAGAGCGAAUCUGAAAUCCUUCACCACGACAAACAGUAUGAACCUUUCUACUCGUCAUUCGUGGCGCUGUCCACCCAUUACAUCACAACUGUCUGCAACCAGAUUCCCAGGAACCAGUUGCAGUCUGUAGCUGCUGCUUGCAAAGUCUUGCUUGAAUUUUCCUUACUUCGGCUGGAGAGUCCCGAUGAGGCGUGCGCAGUGUCUCAGAAGCACCUAAUUCUACUGAUCAAGGGUCUGUGCACCGGCACCAGCCGCCUGGAUCGGACCGAGAUAAUCACUUUCACUGCAAUGAUGAAAUCCUCUAAAUUGCCACAGACUGUACAGACUCUCUCUGAUGUGGAGGAUCAGAAAGACACAGCCGUACUGCUGAGUCCUGAGCUGCGCCAGAAAGAAGUGAGAAUGAACUUUCUUAACCAAUUGACGUCGGUGUUUAACCCCAGAGGCUCCACGUCGUCGUCCUCACACACACAGGUGGAAGCUGAGGUGGACGAGACAUCGGAUCUGACAUCUGCAGCAAAGACCAAGAGCAUCUUCAUAGCCCAGAAUGUGGGCAGCCUUCAGGAACUGGGUGGAUCAGAGAAGCUGCUGAGAGUCUGCUUGAAUCUGCCCUACUUUUUGAGAUAUAUUAACCGCUACCAAGACGCUGUGUCCGCCAAUUCCUUCUUCAUCAUGCCAGCGACGGUUGGAGAUGCCACAGCUGUUCGCAAUGGAUUUCACUCACUUGUGAUUGAUGUGACCAUGGCACUAGACACACUCUCUCUGCCUGUCAUGGAGCCUUUGACCCCUCCUCGACUUAAAGAUGUCACAUUGCUGGCCCUGAGCUGCUUGUAUGCAGGUGUCAGCGUGGCCACAUGCAUGGCAAUUCUUCAUGUUGGGAGUACCCAGCAGGUGCGGACUGGAUCUACGAGCUGCAAAGAGGAAGAUUAUGAAAACGAUGCUGCCGCCAUUGUGCAGAAAUGUCUGGAAAUCUAUGAGAUGAUCGGACAAGCGAUAAACAGUUCCAGAAGAGCAGGUGGAGAGAAUUAUCAGAAUUUCCAGCUACUGGGAGCCUGGUGUUUGGUGAACAGUCUGUACCUGAUCCUUAACCUGAGCCCCACAGCCCUGGCAGAUAAAGGGAAAGAGAAAGAUCCGCUGGCAGCGCUCAGAGUCAAGGACAUUGCCCGGUCAAAGGAAGGUGUGGGCUCCCCAAAACUGGGCCCUGGUAAAGGACACCAAGGUUUCGGAGUCCUGUCAGUUGUGCUAGCAAACCAUGCUAUCAAGCUGCUCACUUCUCUCUUCCAAGAUCUGCAAGUGGAGACUUUGCACAAGCAAGCCUGGGAUACAGAUGGACCCCUGGCCGAGUUGAGCAUCACAGCGCAGAGCACAUCCAUCCAGAGAAUACAGAGACUCAUCGAUUCCAUUCCUCUGACAAAUCUGCUCUUUACUGUUCUGUCCACGUCCUACCGCAAGGCCUGUGUCUUGCAACGACAGAGGAAAGGAUCUAUGAGUAGUGAUGCCAGUGCGUCCACAGAUUCCAACACUUACUAUGAAGAUGACUUCAGCAGCACAGAGGAAGACAGCAGCCAAGAUGAUGACAGUGAACCUAUCCUUGGACAAUGGUUUGAAGAGACAAUCUCUCCAAGUAAAGAGAAGGUGCCGCCACCACCUCCACCACCACCGCCUCUCGAGAGCUCUCCCAGAGCUAAAAGUCCAAGCAAACAGAACCCUGCAGGAAAUGGCAAUAUCCUGGCCAGUCGCAAGGAUCCAGAACUGUUCCUCAGCCUCGCCUCCAAUACUCUGAACUUUAUCACCAGCUGCAUGUUGAAUUCCCGCAGUAAUUUCAUCCGCAAUUACCUGAGUGUGUCACUGACUGAGCAGCAUAUGUCCACCCUGGCCUGUAUCAUCAAAGAUGUGGACAAGGAUGGACUAAAAGGGUCAUCCGAUGAGGAUUUUGCUGUUGCUUUGUAUCAGUUUAAUCAUUGUUUGGUGACAUCUGAUCUUCAGUCUCCCAUGCUACAGAAUGCUCUUCUACAGCACCUGGGAAUAGCCCCGCUAAGUGAGGGCCCUUGGCCUCUGUACAUUCAUCCUCAGAGUCUUUCUGUACUGUCACGUCUCCUGCUGCUGUGGCAGCACAAGGCUAGCAUUCAAGGAGAGCCAGACGUACCCGAAUGUCUCCGUGUGUGGGACAGGUUUGUUGGGACCCUGAAGCAGAAUGCCCUCCAGGGAGUAGUUCCAGGAGACACAGAUGAUGUCAAUGUGGAUCAUCUUCAACUGCUGCUUCUAAUUUUUCACAAUUUAUCAGAGAGGGGGCGCCAGAGUAUUCUAUUGCUCUGCAUACAGACACUGCAGGACUUGGCUAGUAACCUGGAACCCCAGCUGCCAGCUGUCCCCCUCCUCCUCGCAAGGUUACUCCUUGUGUUUGACUACCUCUUGCACCAGUACUCCAAGCCACCACUCUACCUCUUUGAGCAGGUGCAGUACAAUCUGCUUACACCUCCUCUUACCUCUGGGGUGUCUCAUGAUGGAAGUGGUCGCACUUCAGCUUUAUAUUAUGGAUUCAAAGAGGUGGAAGAAAAUUGGACAAAACACUGCACAACAGAUGGUGCUCCGCAGCCCCGAUUCUACAGUGUCCUCUCCCAGGAGGCCUCUGAAGAUGACUUGCAUCGUCUUGAUGCUGAUGUGUGUGAAGUCCUCUUCUCUCGAGCACUGAAGUAUGACGACUUAUACACUGCCCUCAUUUCUUUACUGGCAGCUGGAUCCCAGCUCGACACAGUCCGGAGGAAUGAGAACAAAAGCAUCACAGCCCUGGAGGCUUGUUCCCUUCAGUAUCACUUCCUUAUACUGUGGAGGAUUCUGGGAAUUUUACCACCCUCCAAGCACUACAUGAAGCAGCUGUCACAGAAUGUGUCUGGACGUAGUGAAUGUGAGAUUCUUCACACCUUGCGUUGGGCAUCUCGACUCCGAGUCCCAUCAUACCAGCUCUGGAUAAAGGAUCAUCUUAUGAAUCAAGGGAUAAAACCAGAUCAAGCGGUAUCAUUGACAGAGCAAACUUCAGCCAAAUGCAACACUAUUAAAUAUGAUGUAGAAGUGGCUGAAGAGUACAUCGCCCGGCAGAUCUCGACUUUUUGCAGCUCUAAUGGAUAUACCUUUGAACAGCUCCGUAAAGGGCCUAAUCUGCAGUGCAUUUACACAUUAGAUGCAAUGAUCUGCAAGGUGCAGGUGUCUCUGGAUGAACAUUUCUCUAAGCUGUCGGCGGAGACUGACCCUCAAAAGUCCUCACAAGUUGCUAAAAACCUCCUGCCAGCUGCCUUACAGCUCCUAGACAUGUAUGCCUCUCUUACCCGCUGUUACUUGCUCCGAAGCCUACCUGAGGAAGGUAUAGAGGAGAAGAAGCUGCAGGGCUACGCAGCAGUGCUUGCAAUUGGUUCUUCCCGUUGCAAAGCGAACACCCUAGGUCCUGUCUUGAUCCAGAAUCUCCCUACUGCUGUGCAGACCUUGUGUGAGUCAUGGAACAACAUUCACACCAAUGAAUUCCCCAGUAUUGGUUCAUGGCGCAAUGCCUUUGCCAAUGAUACUAUUCCUUCCGAAAGCUACAUUGGAGCUGUUCAGGCUGCCCACCUCGGCACUUUGUGUAGCCCCAGUUUGUCUCUCGCAGCUUCCCUCAAGCAUGUUCUUCUGUCCCUGGUGCGACUGACAGGAGACCUCAUAGUAUGGUGCCCAGAAAAUCUGAAUUCUCACCAGUUAAUCCAGUCGCUGCUUCCUCUUCUUCUGGAGAGCAGCACUGAGAGUGUGGCUGAACUAUGCAGUACAUCGCUGGAGAGAGUGCUUGGGCCGGCAGAGUCGGAUGAGUUCUUGUCUCAGAUGUAUGAGAAGCUGAUCACUGGCUGUUACAAUAUCCUUGCUUACCAUUCUGACCCAAGCUGUGGUCUGGAUGAGUCCAUCCUUGAGGAAUGUCUGCAGUUUCUAGAGAAACAACUUGAGAGUAGCUUGGCUCGAAAAGCGAUGGAGGAGUUCUUUACUGAGAGAGGAGAGCUAGUGCAGAUAAUGAUGGCAACUGCAAACGAGGCUCUCUCCGCCAAGUUCUGUAACAGAGUCCUAAAGUUGUUCACUAAACUUUUCCAGCUCGCUGAGAAAAAUCCAAGUCCCAGUCUCUUGCAUCUCUGUGGCACACUGGCACAGCUUGCCUGUGUGGAGCCGACACAGCUACAGUCUUGGCUGGUCCGUAUGACAACUCCACCUCCCAAAGAUUCCGACCAGACUGAAAUUGUCCAGGAAAACCGACAGCUACUCCAGCUACUUACUGCAUAUAUUGUACGAGAGAACAGCCAAGUUGGGGAAGGUGUGUGUACAGUGCUUCUAAGCACUCUUAUCCCAAUGGCCACAGAGCUUUUGGCUAAUGGGGAUGGGUCUGGCUUUCCAGAACUCAUGGUGGUAAUGGCCACUUUAGCAAGCUCAGGACAGGGUGCUGGACAUUUACAGCUGCACUGUGCAGCAAUGGAUUGGCUGGCAAGAUGCAAGAAAUAUCUGUCCCAGAAAAAUGUUGUGGAAAAACUGAACAACAAUGUGAUGCAAGGAAAGCAUGUUACUAUUCUGGAGUGCACAUGUCAUAUAGUGUCAUACUUAGCGGAUGUUACUAAUGCAUUGAGUCACGGCGCUGGGCAAGGUCACUACCACCUACCUGUGGAUGGAGAAGAGCGAGCAAUCGAGGUAGACUCCGACUGGGUGGAAGAGCUGGCUGUCGAAGAGGAUGAUUCUCAGGCUGAAGAUUCUGAUGAAGAUUCGCUUUGUAACAAGCUCUGUACAUUCACAAUCACUCAGAAAGAAUUCAUGAAUCAGCACUGGUAUCACUGUCACACCUGUAAGAUGGUGGAUGGGGUCGGUGUAUGCACAGUCUGUGCCAAGGUCUGCCAUAAGGACCAUGAAAUUUCUUACGCAAAGUAUGGCUCUUUUUUCUGUGAUUGUGGAGCUAAGGAAGAUGGCAGCUGUAUGGCCUUGGUUAAAAGAACCCCAAGCAGUGGCAUAGGAUCCACUAUGAAAGAAUCGGCCUUCCAGAGUGAACCUCGUCUGCCAGAAAGUGCUAUCAGACACCCUGGCUCUUCCCUCACAGACAAGGGGAAAGUGACAAUCAGUGACGGAAAAGGGGACGAUGAGAAACCAAAAAGGAGCAGCUUGUGCCGUAACAUUGAGGGCUGCCGAGAAGAGCUGGUGUGUCAGGCCAAUGUUUCGUUUGCACCAUUGAUUCUGGAUAUGUUAAACUUCUUAAUGAGCUCCAUACGGAAUAACUUCCAGCAGGCCUCUGCGGUGGGGAGCAGUAGUCGAGCUCAGCAGGCCCUGGACCAGCUGCACUCUCUGGAGAAAAGUGUGGAAAUGACCGACCAGCUCAUGGUCCCUACUUUGGGCUCGCAGGAAGGAGCAUUUGAGAAUGUGAGAAUGAAUUAUAGCGGCGAUCAGGGCCAAACCAUCCGACAGCUGAUCAGCGCUCACGUGUUGCGUAGAGUUGCCAUGUGCGUGCUAUCCUCUCCUCACGGCAGGAGGCAACAUUUGGCCGUCAGCCAUGAAAAGGGAAAGAUCACAGUGUUACAACUCUCAGCCCUACUGAAACAGGCAGAUUCCAGCAAGAGGAAGCUCACCUUGACACGUCUGGCCUCCGCACCAGUCCCAUUCACUGUUCUCAGCCUCACUGGAAACCCAUGCAAAGAGGAUUAUCUGGCUGUGUGUGGACUGAAGGACUGUCAUGUCUUGACAUUCAGCAGCUCAGGAUCGGUUUCUGAUCACUUAGUCCUUCAUCCCCAACUCGCCACCGGCAACUUCAUCAUCAAAGCGGUCUGGCUACCCGGCUCCCAGACUGAGCUGGCCAUUGUUACUGCUGAUUUUGUCAAGGUUUAUGAUCUGUCAACAGAUGCCCUCAGCCCCACCUUCUACUUCUUACUGCCCAGCUCGAAGAUUAGAGAUGUCACAUUCCUGUUUAAUGAAGAAGGGAAGAACAUUAUAGUGAUCAUGUCAUCUGCCGGCUACGUGUACACUCAGCUGAUGGAGGAGUCCAGUAGUGCUAUGCAUGGUCCGUUUUAUGUUACCAAUGUUCUGGAAGUCUCUCAUGAAGACUUAAAGGACAGUAAUGGGCAGGUCGCGGGCGGAGGUGUAUCUGUUUAUUACUCGCACGUGCUCCAGAUGCUUUUCUUCAGUUAUUGCCAAGGCAAAUCCUUUGCUGCCACCAUUAACCGAUCUUUACUGGAGAUAAUCCUGCUUUUCCCUAUCAACAUUAAGAGUUCCAACGGAGGAAGCAAGACCUCGCCAGCACUUUGUCAGUGGUCUGAAGUCAUGAACCAUCCCGGAUUAGUAUGCUGUGUCCAGCAGACUACAGGAGUUCCUCUAGUGGUCAUGAUCAAACCAGACAGCUUCCUCAUCCAGGAGAUUAAGACGCUGCCAGCAAAAGCGAAAAUUCAGGAUAUGGUAGCUAUACGGCACACAGCUAGCAAUGAUCAGCAGAGGACAACCAUGAUUCUUCUGUGUGAAGACGGGAGCCUGCGUAUUUACAUGGCCAAUGUGGAGAACACGUCAUACUGGCUCCAGCCAUCUUUGCAGCCCAGCAGCAGUAUCAGCAUCAUGAAACCUGUUCGCAAGCGCAAGCCUGCAGCUGUCAUGACACGGGCAUCAAGUCAAGUGACCUUUCCCAUUGAUUUCUUCGAGCACAACCAGCAGCUUACAGACGUAGAAUUUGGCGGCAAUGACCUGCUGCAAUUGUAUAAUGCCCAGCAAAUCAAGCAUCGCCUUAAUUCUACAGGGAUGUACGUGGCAAACACUAAGCCUGGGGGAUUUACUGUGGAAGUCACCAAUAACAACAGCACUAUGGUGAUGACAGGAAUGCGGCUUCAGAUUGGCACUCAGGCCAUUGAGAGAGCACCUUCUUACAUUGAGAUGUUUGGUCGCACAAUGCAGCUUAAUCUCAGCCGAUCACGAUGGUUUGACUUUCCGUUUACACGAGAAGAAGCGUUACAAGCUGAUAAGAAGCUCACCAUAUUCAUUGGUGCCUCGGUAGAUCCAGCUGGAGUCACUAUGACAGACGCCAUAAAAAUAUAUGGAAAGACAAAGGAACAGUUUGGCUGGCCAGAUGAACCCCCAGAAGAGUUCCCCUCUGCCUCUGUGAGCAGCGUCUGCCCGCCAAACCUGAAUCAAGGCAAUGGAUCCACAGAUGGCGAGACUGCAACACCACCCUCAAGUAAUGGCACGGCCAUUGAAAGUUCUGACCCAGAACCUUUAACCAUCUUGGACCGGCUGGUGGGAAGCUCUCUCGAAGCUCUGGAAAGCUGUUUUGCCUUUGGACCAGUGCCUGAGAAGGAGAAAAGCAAAGCUUCAGCUCUGGAACUGGCAACAGUCCUGCUCUCCAUGCCAACACCAUCGAGCGUCCAGCUCCAGACAAAGAGUCUCCUGGCCAGUCUGCACACAAGCCGGUCUGCAUACCAUAACCACAAGGAUCAAGCACUGCUGAGCAAUGCCGUACAAAGUUUGAAUUCUUGCGCUCCUGAUGGAAAGGACUUGGAUCCAGAAGUAUUCCAGAGACUGGUGAUUACCGCCCGGUCCAUCGCCAUCAUGCGGCCCAACAACCUUGUUCACUACACAGACUCUAAAUUGCUGUCAGGAGAGACUGAUAUUGAUGAAGGCAAAGACGUUGUGAAGACCGGUGAAGGAGAAGAAGUGUACGCCUUCAUUACACAGCUCGUCAACCAGUUUUGGAAACUACAUGCAUCUAAACCCAAGAAUGCUUUUCUGGCUCCUGCUUGUCUGCCCG